AUGGAAUUUCCCCAAGGAGUGGUUGAAUCUACUGCCUUGGUCGUUUGGCUGAGAAGACAAAUUAGCCAGAAAGCAUUUUUGUUCAAUAACACCCAGCAGGUGGUAGAGUUUGUGAAAUCUAGGCCUUUGGUCAUCAUUGGCUUCUUCCAGGAUUUAGAGGACGAAGUAGCAGAGUUGUUCUAUGAUAUGAUCAAAGACUUCCCAGAACUAACGUUUGGAGUGAUAUCAAUUAGCAAUGCUAUUGGACGUUUCCACGUCAUCCUUGACAGUGUUCUGGUGUUCAAAAAGGGAAAAAUUGUGAAACGCGAGGAGCUUAUUAAUGACAUUACCAACAAACAUGUCCUCAAUCAAGUCAUAAAAGAGCACCUCACAGAUUUUGUUAUUGAAUACAACACCGAGAACAAGGACCUGAUUUAUGAAUUGCACAUCCUGAAUCACAUGCUGCUCUUCGCCUCCAAAAGCUCGGAGUCAUUUGGUAUGAUAAUGCAGCAUUAUAAGUUGGCAUCAAAGGAAUUUACAAACAAGAUACUUUUCAUCCUUGUGGAUGCAGAUGAACGCAGAAACGGAAAUAUCUUCAAAUACUUCAGGAUUACAGAAGUUAAUAUGCCAUGUGUCCAAAUCCUAAACUUAAGCUCUGAUGCAAGGUACAAAAUGCCUUAUGAGGAGAUAACCUAUGAAAAUCUCAAGAAAUUUGGCCGCAGCUUCCUGAAUAGAAGUGCCAAGAAACAUCAAUCCAGUGAAGACAUUCCAAAAUAUUGGGACCAGGGGCCAGUUAAGCAGCUCGUUGGGAAGAACUUCAACAUAGUGGUCUUUGACAAGGAAAGGGAUGUAUUUGUGAUGUUCUAUGCACCCUGGUCGGAAAAGUGUAAGGCACUGUUCCCAGUGUUGGAGGAAUUGGGCAAAAAGUAUCAAAACCACUCGACAGUCACCAUUGCCAAGAUGGACAUCACGGCAAAUGACAUUCAGCUGAUGUACCUAGACCGGUACCCCUUCUUCAGGCUCUUCCCCACUGACUCUCAACAAGCUGUACUGUAUACAGGAGAACACACCCUGAUAGGCUUUUCUGACUUCCUGGAAAGUCAAAUCAAGAUCAGGAUUGAGGAUGAGGAUGAGCUGUUGUCUGUUGAGCAAAGUGAAGUGACAGAAGAGGAGGCAUUACCUAAGGAAAAGAAGGUACCUUUUAUCAAGGAAGAGUUACCUGACCAGAAGUUGCCUGAGCUAGAGAAUGUGACUGUGCUGGAAGAGCCAGCUGGACAGAAGGAAACAGCUGAGGAGGAGGAGGAGAAGGAGAAGGUGGCUAAGCCAAAGGGACCUCCAAAACAAGGGAAGAAACCAAAAGUGAAGGAAGAACUGUAGCUUCUUCAAAGCCAAGAGCCAUUUCCCAGAUGCUGACAUCAUUUUCUAAGGGGAAUCUACUCCAAAAAAAUUAUAUAUCAUUGUGGUGGAUGGAGGCUAGAUGAUUAAAA